GGGACUGUUUACCACAUCCGCGGCGAUCUACACCAUGCUCCACUUCGACAAGUACAGGGCGACGGCCCUCUCUCUGCUCUACGGCGUUGGCUGGGGCCUAUCCGGCAUCAUCGGACAGUUGAUCCUGUCCGGCUUGAUGGAAAAAUAUGGCUUCCGAGGUGCCGUACUUCUUGUUGGAGGGAUCAUGAUGCACUCGAUUCCGAUCGUCAUGCUGGCCAAGAACCCUUCUCCGAUGUGCAUCGGGUGCAAGUGGUGUAGAAGCACAUCUGUUGACAACCAGGAAUCUGGGAUGCAUGGCGCACGGAGUGAGGAGAACGUCACAAAUCCAGGGAAUGCGAAUGAACUGCAAGAGAAACGGCCCAUCGCCAAGUCACCGCUACAAGAAAGCAGUUCUCUGAGGCACGCCCUCGCACUCUUCGUCAUGCCGUCUUUCUACGUGAUUGUUGCGGUCAUCAUCAUUGACGACUACAGUGCUGUACAGUUCUCCACGACAAUAGUGGACUACGCCAUCGACAAGGGCAUCGCAUUCGAUGCCGCGAAGACGCUGAUUUCCUUCGCGGCACUCGGCGGGCUCAUCGGUCGCGGCGCGAUACCCUUCAUUGCUGACAUCCUGCCACGCAUGCGCACUCCGCUCUACGUGCUGGGGUUCAUUUUCGUCAGUGCUCUCCUGUUUCCAAUGCCAAGCGUGCCGGCAUAUGCGGGUGUCGCGACGAUCACCGUGAUACAUGGCGUCUGCAAAGGAACUCUGUUAUGCUUCAGGGCCGUUAUCAUUGCUGAACUGCUUGGCGUCGAUCGGACAGCCGCUUGCUGCGGCGUCACGGGCAUGGCAAUGAUACCACUUAGUCUAGUCAGCCCUAUGAUUGUGGGAUCCUACCGGGAUGGAAAAGGCACGUACGAUGGAUUUUACCAGAUGCUAGCAGCGGUCAAUUUGGCGGCUGCUCUCGUCUUUGGUGUAUUUUCUGUGUGGAACCGAAGGCGAUGAAAUGUUGUAUGGAUAAAUGAUUAUUGCGAGAAGCAUAGUCGAAUUUCUUUUUGCGCCCAUAAUAAUAAAUAUUUCUUUUGUGAUGACGCCUCCACAAAUUCUCUGUUACUUUUUAAUUUUUACUUACGUCACGUGAAACGUGCGCCAUGAAGGUGCAAUGUAUAUAUGCUCAUACAGAAUAAACUUUCAUGGGUUGCUAGUCUGCAAGACUUUAGACACGUCCAUUGCUAACGGCGACGUGGUAGGUAGGAGACCGGCGCAAGUCUUCAUCUGACUGCAUCGUCGGCAUCAGGGAGCACCACCGACCAGCGGAAAGCAACCGAUAGCUUCGAUUUUGGAUUCCGCGCCAACCUCGUGGCGCACAGCUGUGCAAACAAAGUAUACGUUGUAAAAUUGUAUAAAUUAAAAUGUGCCAAUUGGUCUUGUCGUAGCAGUGCAUCUACAAGUGAUGCAAUAAUAAAAUAAAACA